AUGCAGGCUUGGAAAGGGAGGCUGCCGGCGGUCAAGAUUGAUCGGAAAUUCCGAUUAUUUUCCACUGUUUUCUCAGAUUCCUCACCGUCGAAAUGCAGAAGAGAUCCGACAAUCAACAUACUGCAAUGUAUUGCAGCUCACUCGCGCCCAGAAAUUUCUGGAUUUAUGCAAAAAGGCUUUUCGCUGAUCAGGGAAGAAGUGGUUGGAAAAGCAAUGCACGCGGUGGGGUUGAAGGGAUGGAAUCGAGUAUGUAUAUUCCACCUCAAUACAUUGAUUAACAUGUAUUCGAAUUUGGGGAACAUUGAGUAUGCGAAGAAGGUGUUCGACGGAAUGCCCGACAGAAAUGAAGCUUCGUGGAACAACAUGAUGGCUGGAUACGUCAAAUUAGGGUUUCAUACAGAUGCGUUUGGGCUGUUUGUUAGGAUGAGGGAUGGUGGAUUCGGGUUGAAUGAAUUCAAUAUCCCUACAUUGUUGGCUGCAGUUAGUAGAUCGGGGUGUACGUUCUUCGAAGGCCUUCAAAUCCAUGGUUUAGUUCUGAAGAAUGCUAUGGUUUGUGAUGUUUACGUAGGAACUUCUCUGUUACAAUUCUACGGUAGCUUCGGACUUCUUUCGGAUGCUCGAAUGUUGUUUGAAGGCAUGCCUUGUUGCAAUGUGGUUGCCUGGACUGCUUUGAUGGAUAAUUACGCAGCGGCGGGGUUGUUCGGUGAGGUUUUCGAUUUGUUCCAGCAGAUGAGGGUAGAAGGUGUACGUUGUGAUCGGAAAACGUUUAAAACAGUCAUUAGUUGCUGCGGAGACGAUGAAUUUUCGGUUAUUCAAACGCUUGGUCUUGUUAUCAAGUCGGGCCUUGAGAAAGAUGUGGUUGUCGCGAAUUCUCUUAUAUCAGGAUUCGGUAGUCUCGGCUGGUUGGAAAGUGCUGUUUAUAUGUUUGAUGAGAUGGACGGAUGCGAUGAUCCGAUGCUGUGCAGCUCGAUGGUUAUGGCCUUUGCUCGCAACGGACUGUUUGAGGAUUCGCUUAGAUAUUUUCGUGUAAUGCGCUGCGAUCAUGGAGAUGUAGACGCGAGCGUGUUCUCAACGUUGUUGUCGAUUGCGAAUGCUUUGAAUUGGGGAAAAGGGAUUCAUUGUUUAGCCGUGAAAACAGGCGUCGAGCUUGAUAUAAGCGUAGCUAACGCUCUUAUUAGUAUGUAUUUUACGACGGGGGGAUCUGGAGAUGCGGAGAAAUUGUUUUCGAAUUUACCCGAGAAGGAUUUGGUCACUUGGAAUUCAAUGAUGGCCGGCUACGUCUCGGGAGGCAAAUUCGUCGACGCGUUGAGGGUUUUGGGCGAACUUCUUCGCGCGAAGAACGUACCGAACUUCAUUACUUUUGCUACCGCUGUGUCUUGCUGCGCCGAUGCUGGAUUUAUCAACAAAGGAAAAAUUGUGCACGCACUUACGAUCACGUCCGGGCUUUGCGAAAAUAUGGUUGUCGGGAAUGCAUUAGUUACCAUGUAUGGUAAGUGCCGGAUGAGUCGAGAAGUCGAGAAGGUCUUCCGGAACAUGCCGGAAAAGGAAUUGGUUACUUGGAAUGCCCUGCUCGGAGUCUAUGCCAAGAACAACAAAGUCGACGAGGCGAUGAAAAUCUUUAACGCGAUGAGGAGUUGUCGAAUAAAUCGCGACUGCUUGUCUCUGAUACAUGUUCUUGAAUCUUGCGGCGAUGCGAUGCAGGGGAUGGCCGUCCACGCGCACGUCGUUUUAUCCGGAUUUGAAUCCGACGAGUAUGUGAGGAACUCGCUAAUCACGAUGUACGGAAAAUGCGGUGAUCUCGAUUCGAGCAGGAUGAUAUUCUAUUCGUCGAUGUCCAGAAGAACAGCGUCUGCGGAAACUUGGAAUGCUAUGGCUACAGCGACGGCGAACAAUGGUCGUUACGACGAGGCUUUGAAGCUUCUCCGCGAAAUGCAAACUGCCGACGUGGGUUUCGAUAAGUUCAGCCUUUCGACGGCCCUCGCCGCAUCGGCAAAUUUGGCUAAUUUGGACCAAGGCCAGCAGCUUCAAGCGUUCGCCGUCAAACUCGGGUUCGACCGAUACCGUUUCGUUGCGAACGCGGCAAUGGACAUGUACAACAAGUGCGGAGAUCUCGACGGGGUUCGGAAGAUGCUUCCGGAGCCUAAAAACCGAUGUCGAUUGUCGUGGAACGUAUUGAUUUCCGCAUUAGCGAGGCACGGCUGCGUCGACGAAGCUAAAGAAGCCUUCGACGAAAUGUCGCGGCACGGCGUCGGGCCCGAUCACGUCACUUUCGUAGCGAUUUUGUCGGCAUGCAGCUACGGAGGCCUCGUCGAAGACGGGAUUGCGUAUUUUGCGUCGAUGACGGAGAAGUACGGCGUCGCGGUCGAUGUGAAGCAUUGCGUGUGUGUUGUGAAUCUACUCGGUCGUUGCGGGAGGCUCGACGAGGCUGAAGCAUUUAUCGAAGCGAUGCCGGUGGCGCCGAACGACGUCGUUUGGCGAACGCUUCUCACAGCUUGCGAAACGAUCGGCGGCGAUUUGCGGAUCGGAAAGAAAGCCGCCGGACUGCUCCGGGAGGCGGCGCCGGCGGACGACUCAGCGUAUGUUGUUUACUCGAAAAUGAUGGCAAAGUUUGAGAGAUGGGAAGAAGUGGAAGGACUGAGAGAUGCUUUGAGGAAGAAAAUUGCUAACAAGAACAAGGGUUGUAGCUUCCUCAAUUAAUUAUUGCAAGUAAUAUUUUUGGUUUGUUUGUUCAAUAAUUAUUUUUCGAUGAA